GGCGGGUAAGCGUGGCGCGCGGAGGCUCAUGCAGAAAUAUCCGUAAUAAAGACGGAGUAAGUUGCAAAGAACGGCAUUAAAAGCGAGGUGUGCGGAGCUUCAUCAAGUCAGUUCUGACCUACUGAAGCGCCAUGGACUUCCUCGAGUACAAUGAGGCACUCUGCGAACAGAGGGGCGCCAUGCUUGCCGGAAAGCUGCGCGUGACGGACCGUGACGUCAUAUUCAAAUACAGGAAGACGGGCAAAACGGAACAGUUCCCGGGUGCCGACAUCGAGCUGCUGAACUGGCAGCGGCUGAGUGGCGACUGGGGACUUCGGGUAUUUCUGAAAAACGGCGAUCUGUACAGGUUUGGUGGCUUCAAGGACUCUGAUCAGGAUAAGGUCGCAAAGUUCUUCCAGCAGACGUUUGGCAAGGAACUGGCGGCGAAGCAGAUGAGCCUGAAGGGCUGGAACUGGGGCUCCGCGGUCUUCAAAGGCAACGCCUUAAGCUUCGACGUUGAGGACACAACGGCUUUCGAAUUGCCUCUCAGCUACGUGUCCCAGUGCACCGCGGGUAAGAGUGAGGUGACGCUUGAGUUCCACCAUCACGAUGAUGCGGUGGUCAGCCUCAUGGAGAUGCGGUUUCACCUGCCGCCGACGGCGGAGAACACUGAUCCUACGGAGGCGUUCCAGGACCAGGUGAUGAAGAAGGCCAGCGUUGUGACGGCCACUGGUGACGUCCUCGCCAUCUUCCGCGAGGUGAAGGGCCUGACGCCGCGCGGACGCUAUGAUAUUGGUAUAUAUCCGACCUUCAUCAACAUGCACGGCAAGACGUUCGACUUCAAGAUUCCGUUCAACACGAUUCUGCGGCUGUUUCUGCUGCCGCACCGCGAUGGCCGACAAACGUUUUUCGUCUUGGCUGUGGAUCCUCCCAUUAAGCAGGGCAUGACGCGCUACCACUUCCUGAUCCUACGUUUCGAUCUGGAUGAGGAUGACGAGAUGGACCUGGAGCUGCCCAUCUCAGACGAAGAUCUCAAGACCAAGUACGAAGGGCGGCUGCCCAAGGAGAUGAAGGGGCAAGGGUACGAGGUCCUGAGCAGGCUGACGAAAGGUCUUGCCAACAAGAAGCUGAUGGUGCCGGGGUCGUUCAAGGGCAACUCCUCCACGCCUGCCGUUGCGUGUUCGUACAAGGCGGCGGCCGGGUACCUGUAUCCGCUGGAGCGAGGGUUCAUGUACAUUCACAAGCCGCCCAUCUUUGUGCGCUUCGAGGAGAUCCUCAGCGUCAACUUCGCCCGCAGCGGGGGUGGCACCAGAACGUUUGACUUCGAGAUUCAGGUGAAGAACGAUUUGGUACACACGUUCAGUAGCAUUGAAAAGGAGGAGUAUGGCAAUCUGUUCAGCUUUGUGCAGGAGAAAAAGAUCCGGAUCAAGAGCAAGGGUGGCAUGGAGAAGGGCGCAAACUAUAUGUCGGAAGACAGCGGUGAUGCCGCCGACCCGUAUCUGGAACGGAUGAAGCGCGAGGGCGAAGAGCGAGACGAGGACGACCCGGAUGAUGAGGACGAGUCCACCGAUGAGGACUUCAACCCGGAGGGUGACGGCGGCGCUAACUCGGACGUGGCGGAGGAGUUCGAAAGCAAUCCUGAAAGCACAGAAAGUGAAGGUGGAGAUUCGGACGACUCAGCCAAGAAGGCCAAGAAACUCAAGAAGAAGGAGAAGAAAGAAAAGAGGGAGAAGAAGAGAGCAAGCACCUCAAGCAACAAGCCGGCGAAGAGGAAAAAGAAGGACACGGGCGCCCCCAAGCGGCCCAUGUCGGCCUACUUCAUUUGGCUGAAUGAGCACCGCGAGCAGAUCAAAGAGGAACACCCGGGCAUAUCGGUGACAGAGGUUAGCAAGAAGGCAGGAGAGAUGUGGCGCGAGCUGAAGGACAAGUCCGAGUGGGAGAAGAAGAACCAGGAGGCAAAGGCACGCUACGAGGAGGAGAUGAAGGAGUGGCGUGCGUCGGGCGGCGCGGUCGCGGGCAAGACCCCGAAGGCGGGGAAAAGCUCCAGCCCCAAGAAGUCUAUCAGCAGCACACCGGGCACUGGCGGAGGCGCCGGUUUGGGCUUCAAGAGCAAGGAGUACAUCUCGGACUCGGGGUCCAGCGAGGAGGACUCAGACGAGAGGCCGCUCAAGAACAAGGCGUCCAAGGGCGCCACGAAAGGCAAGUCUGUCAAGAAGGCGAAGGAAGAAGAUGAUGAGGAAGAGGAGGCCGCUUCGACCCCCGCGUCUAGUGACGAGUCGGGUGCUUCGGGGGACGACAGUGAUUGAGGCCUUCCCGGCGACCCCGCAAACUGGAUCGUACUUGGGAUUCCGUCACCAUUGUGUCAUGAUAUUUGUCACUCAGUGUUUUGUAUUGUGAAGACGGCACAGUGCCUCCGUCUUCAUCUGUCAAUUGUAUGCUACAUGUAAAUAAAAGAUGGUGUGCCGCCUUGCGCACAUUCCAUGAAGUUAAA